GUGUCGGUUGUGUCGAUCAGAUUGUGGCCAAAGUUUGUUGAUGGGAGAAAAAGUGAGCUGUGCGUAAAUUUUGUGCAAAAACAUCCGACUCUAGGAUUUCUCUCCCCCUCUUGUUUGUGUGUUUUUAUUUUUGAGCGAAGAUCUCCUUUUUGGAUAGAUCGUGACACCGGCUCCGUGUUCCGUCUACUAGCAGCGGCGAUGACUACGGCUACUCGCGGGGAGUGUUAACCCGGCGCGCGAGAGCUCGACAGUUGGCCUUGGAGGACUUAAACUCUAUCUGUGCAAAACUUAGAUCAUCUCGCCGAUAACAUUUAUCUCUCAGACCCAUCAAUCAACCGAAUUAUGGUUCGGCGAGCAACGUGACUUGGAUGUCCUGGGUCUGGUGAGGGAGGGAGCGAGAGCUGUUGAGCGAGAUGGACGUGUCGGGGGCAGAGCAGGGGGCCCAGGGUCCCCGGGGCUGGCCCUAUGAGGGGCCCCGCAUGGGCGACGGCUCCGGCAACCUGCUGGCGCCCGACGAUGUGGACGUCUUCUUCCAUUCCCUAGACAGCAACGGGAACCCUGUCAACCCAGCCAGUUACUACGCCAGUCCUGCGGCGGCCAGAGCAGUGCACAGCUACAGGCCGCCACACGCGCGGAUGCCAAGCAGUCAGAUGUGCCGGCCGCACUUUCACACGCCCCUGCAUCCGUGGAUAUCGGAGGGGGCUAAACCCAUGGUGCCCCAUCCGGCGCACGGGUCCGCCUGGUGCUCCCCUUUCAGCGCCCCGGGCAAGGGCCCGCACCACCCGGGCGGCGCGCCCUCCGGCGUGCCGCCGCCACACUCGGCGCCCCUGCCGCCCCACUCUAGUCCCCACCUGUUCAGCUUCCCGCCCACGCCCCCCAAGGACGCCACGCCCGAUACGGUGACGGGCGGCCACGGCGGCGCGACGGGCGCCAACGGCGGCGACUACGGCGGCUCUGGCCUGGGCUCGUCGUCCAGCGGCAGCGAGGACAUCAAAGGACACAACGCCAUGAUCACUUCGCUGGGCCUGGGCGGCGGCGGAGGCGCCAACUGCGGCGGAAGCUCCAAGCCCCGAGAAGGUAGUACGGCCUUUUCUUCCGCCUUAUCCCACCACCACCACCAGCCUUCCCACCACCACCACCACCAUCACCACCACAUGCCCUCAUAUCCCCCGUACGUGACGGGCCCGCCGCCUAGUGCCGGCAAUACGGACUAUUCGAGCGCUGCCUAUUCGUCUUUCCACAGUUCCUUGCUGGGCGCAGCCAAGACUGCCUCCUCAAUGCAGGGCGGCUCUGGUGGCUCUUCCGGUGGCAAACCUAGGACCAAGGGCCGAUCCAGCGCCGAGGGUCGAGAGUGUGUGAACUGCGGGGCCACCUCGACGCCAUUGUGGCGCAGGGACGGCACGGGACACUACCUUUGCAAUGCCUGCGGACUCUACCACAAAAUGAACGGUCAGAACAGGCCGCUCAUUAAACCUAAGAGGCGACUGUCCGCGGCGCGGCGAGCAGGGACGAGCUGUGCGAAUUGUAAAACGACCACAACCACUCUCUGGAGAAGGAAUCAGAACGGUGAACCAGUAUGCAAUGCCUGUGGCCUCUAUUAUAAACUACACAAUGUAAACAGACCUCUUACGAUGAAGAAAGAAGGCAUCCAGACCAGGAAUCGCAAGCUUUCAUCGAAAAGUAAGAAAAAGAAAGGUGGUCUUGCAAUCCCGGAAUGUCUGAAGCCCCUCGACAAGCCCUUCUCCAGCUUUGGCCCUGCGGGACAGCUCGGCUCUAUGUCCUCAAUGUCAGUGACCAUGAACCAUUACAUGCAUCAGGGCAACAUGCCCAUAUCCAUGGCGGGAUCCUUCGUCACGUCGCCGCCCAUGCACAUGAACAGCGCCCCUGGACUCUCUAGCCUGUCCCUCAGCUCGAGCGGCGCCCCCCUGCAACUAGGCACAGGUGGCCUAGGUUUGGCGACCUCCAACAGCAUGGUAGGGGCCAUGGCUUGACAUAGGGCUCCGCCACAGCCGAGCAUCGGUUGUUGGGAUGUCGGUCAUAGACAUCAUCACGACAAACUCGCCUCGUGUGCGCAACUCUGGACUACUCAA